AUGAACUGGCUAAGAAGGACAGCCGAAAGAGCGAGGAAGGUUGAAGGCAGAGGACAGUGGGAUAGCAAAAGAGAAUUUAUUCUAGCUGUUGCAGGAAAUGUCGUUGGUCUAGGCAAUGUGUGGAGGUUCCCGUACCUCUGCUACAAGAAUGGAGGAGGAGCCUUUCUGGUGCCAUAUAGUUUGAUGGCCAUUGUUUUUGGGAUACCUCUGUUCUUGUUGGAGACUGUGAUUGGUCAGUACACCCAGGAAGGACUGGUCACAUGCUGGAGGAAAAUGUGUCCACUGGCACAAGGAAUUGGAUAUGGACACCUGCUGAUUAAACUUUAUGACUUCACCUUUAUUGUAAUCCAAGCAUGGGCUCUUUUCUACCUGAUCUUCUCCUUCAGUUCUCAACUCCCCUGGGCGAGCUGUGGAAACAUCUGGAACACAGCUAAUUGUAUCGAUCAUCAGAUGUGGCAGUCACGAAAUCUGACUACCAACUGGACCAUGUUGACAAAUGCCUCCUCCUCUGCUACUGAGUUUUGGGAACGCCGGGUGCUGUCAAUAUCUGGAGGAAUUGAGGAACUGGGCAGCAUAAGAUGGGAGCUGGCCUUGUGUCUGCUGGCUUGCUGGGUGUUCUGUUACUUCAGUAUCUGGAAAGGUGUCAGAUCCUCAGGAAAGGUGGUGUAUUUCACAGCUACUUUCCCCUAUGUAAUGCUUUUGAUCCUACUGGUGAGGGGGUUGACUCUACCUGGAGCUUGGGAGGGGAUUUGCUUCUACCUGUAUCCAGACUUGGACCGUCUGGCUUACCCCAAGGUCUGGAUGGAGGCAGGAUCUCAAGUAUUUUUCUCCUAUAGCUUGGCAGCAGGAACUCUUAUUGUCUUGGGCAGCUAUAAUGAGCACACGAACAACUGUUACAAGGACACCUUUUGGCUGUGUCUGCUCAACAGUGGUACAAGUUUUACUGCUGGAUUUGUGGUCUUCUCAGUACUUGGAUUCAUGUCUCAGAAACAACGUGUUCCUAUUGACAUGGUGGUUGAGUCAGGUCCUGGUUUGGCGUUCAUAGCAUACCCUCAGGCAACAGCCACGAUGCCUUUUCCUCAAUUCUGGACUGUUUGCUUUUUCAUCAUGCUUAUUCUACUGAGCGUUGACACACAAUUUGUGAUAGUUGAAUGUUUUAUCGCAUCGGUGUGUGACCUGUUUCCUAAGCUGUUCCGUACACCAGGACGACAUGAGCUAUUUGUCCUUGUCAUCUGUUUAUUCUCUUACCUCUUACAGUUGCCUCUGGUUUCUGAGGGAGGACUCUACAUAUUCCAACUAAUUGAUUUUUAUGGAUGUAAUCGAGCUUGCCUGGAUUUCAUGGCUUUGUUUGAAUGUUUGGCUGUGGGUUGGAUUUUCGGGCUUAAUCGUUUUUAUAACAUCAUUGAAGGAAUGACAGGACAGCGACCAAGUGUUUUCUUCAAACUGUGCUGGAGGUAUUUAAUUCCUCUUUGGUCACUGGGUUCUUUUAUACUGUAUCUGGUGGAUUACAAACAGCUAAGCACUGACAAUUCAUAUGUUUAUCCUGACUGGGUACAUACACUGGGAUGGAUGAUGGUACUUUCCUCUGUUAUAAUGGUGCCUCUAUGGGGGAUUGGACAAAUUUUCUUUGGAACAGGCCCCCUAAGACAGCGUUUGUCCAUCCUGUGUCAGCCUAUUGAAGAUCCAGCCUGGAUGAAGGGACGAUUUGGAGAGGUUGAGACCAAUGUGGAAUUGAUGUCCAAAUCGUAG